GCCAGCCGUGGUCCCAGCCCUACCGCAGCUUCGGCGGCUCCGGCUCCCGCUGGGCUGUCUUCCUCUUCCCCAGUUCUUUCCUUCUGCCUCCUCCCCGUGGCAGCCCCAACACUGCCCUUGCCCCUGUCCUUGCCCCCAGUCAUGUCGCCUCCGGGGCUGACCUGGGCCCCAGCGCAGCAGCUAGCUGGAAUAUUGUUCUUCAUCCUGUUGGCUCCUCUGGUGUUGGCAGAUGAGGACUGCCUGUGGUAUCUGGAUGGGAACGGCUCAUGGCACCCCGGGUUUGACUGUGAAUUGGCCUCCUUCUGCUGUGGGACCUGCUACCACCGUUUCUGCUGCAGAGACCUAUCCAAGCUCAUCACUGAACGGCAACAGAAGCACUGUCUGGCCUUUAGCCCCAAGACCAUUGCGGGUAUUGCCUCAGCUGUGAUCCUGUUCAUCGCCGUGGUGGUCACCACCAUCUGCUGCUUCCUCUGCUCUUGUUGUUACCUGUACCGCCGACGCCAGCAGCUUCGGAGUCCCUUAGAAGUUCAAGAGAUCCCGAUGGCAGGCAUCCCCAUCCAGCCGAUGUACCCGUAUCCUCAGGACCCCAAGGCUGGCCCUGCGCCCCCACAGCCAGGCUUUGUGUACCCCCCCAGUGGCCCUGCCCCACAGUAUCCCAUGUACCCCGCUGGUCCCCCAGUCUACAAUCCUGCAGCUCCUCCUCCCUACAUGCCGGCACAGUCUGCUUACCCUGGGGCCUGAGGAACCAGUCCUGUAUUUCUGCAGCCUUCCCUUUAGGCAUCCACUUGUUCUGAGGCACACCCUAAUUUCUCCACCUUGUUCCACUGGUGGGAAAGGAUCAUGCAGAAGGAUCCGUGGACACUGAGCAUCAGACCAAGCAGGACAGAUACUUUGAUUUGGGAUAGACUUCCUGAAGACACGGAACAGUCGUGGGAUACCUUACUGGGAAAGUCUUGGGAUACUUUGGGGUAGGGAGGAUGAUGGGCUUCUUUUUAAUGAAGGUGGAAAGAUAUGAAGUAUUGGGAAGGAAAGCACAGUGGGUGAGGGUACCCUCCGCCCCCUGGUAAGUAAUGUCCUCCCUCAGGCCACCUUAAGCAGUCCUGGUGCUUACCUAUGUCUGCUGCCAUUUCCACUGUCACAACUCCCCCCAUCUGGGUGAAGGUGGAGAUGGAAGAGGACCAUAUCCACUGGUCACCAAUCAUCCUUUUACUCCUUAUUCUUCUCCCUUCUUUCCCACUACUGCCUUGCAAACCAGGGCUAUCCCCACAGAUUAAAGCUGUAAAUGUGUAACACGUCUAAA